AUGAGUAAGAGACCAAUAUCUGUGGAGGAGCUCAUUGGUAAGUCACAGUCGGCGGAAGUGAUAUCAAAGCCAAAGUUUUUGUCUAAGCAGGAGAGGCAAAAAUUAAGUCUACAGAGAAGUCUAGAGAUACAAGAUAGAAAGCGUCAACAAUUAACCGUUAAUAAUGGAGCUAAAAGGAGACAUAGUAAUUCCAUAGAGGCUAAUCCUGAACCAAAAAAGUUAAAUAAAAAGUUAAAAAAAGGUAGGAACUUCAACUUUGACUGGGAUGAAGAGGAGGAUACAUCUAAUAAUUAUCAACCACUAGUUCGGUAUGAUAAUGGAAUCAACCCACCUGAUAUUGGGCUCUCCGACAAGCAUUGGUCUGAAAAACGAAUAGAAGACAUGACGACCCGGGAUUGGAGAAUAUUCAAAGAAGACUAUAAUAUAACUUCUAAAGGUGGUGAUAUUGAAAACCCAUUGAGAUCAUGGACUGAAUCCAAAUUGCCUGUAAAAUUAUUAAGCAUUUUAAUUGAAGACUUGGGUUACAAGAGUCCUACUCCAAUUCAAAGGGCAUCUAUACCAUUAGCAUUAAAUGGAAGAGAUAUAGUGGGUAUAGCAGAAACAGGUUCUGGUAAAACAUUGGCAUUUUUGUUACCAUUACUUUCGUAUAUUUUAUCCGUUGAUUCUAACUACUUGUUAUAUGAACAUCAACAAGAGUCGAAUUUCAAUAAGCCAUUAGGAUUAAUUUUGGCACCAACUAGAGAAUUGGCGCUACAAAUUACAAAGGAAGCAAAACUAUUUGGGGACAAGCUUAACAUGAAUGUUGUAACCAUAAUCGGAGGUCAUCAAUACGAGGAAACAGUACAUAGUGUGCGUAAUGGAGUUCACAUAGUGGUUGCUACACCAGGUAGAUUAAUUGAUUCCUUAGAGCGUGGGAUUAUUAACUUGAGUAACUGUUACUUUUUUACCAUGGAUGAGGCUGAUAAAAUGAUCGAUAUGGGAUUUGAAAAAUCAUUACAAUCCAUUUUAAAUUACUUACCCACCAAUGAAAAACUUGAAACUACACUUGAUGGAAGGAUUUUUAACAUUGAGAAAAGGAUAACCCUAAUGUUUACGGCUACCAUUUCUCCUCCGAUUGAAAGAAUCACCAAAAACUAUCUUAUCAAACCGGGAUAUUUGUUCAUUGGAAAUGUGGGUGAAGCUGUUGAUAAUAUUAACCAAUUAUUCGAAUAUUUCGGUGCACAACAAUCCUCUGAUGAAAUUAUAGACCCUAAAAAAUUGGAUAAAUUAUUAAGUAUAUUGAAAUUUCACAAGGAUCAAAGUAGAAACUAUUCUAUAAUCAUAUUUGCGAAUUUCAAGAAAACAUGUGAAGAAUUAUCGUAUGCAUUAGGUAGAAAAGGUUUUUCUGAUAACACCGUAAUUCAUGGAUCAAAGUCUCAGGAGGCUCGUGAACGUGCAAUCAGUAGUUUCCGUGAAGGCAAGGACAGAAUAUUGAUUGCAACAGAUGUUGCUGCAAGAGGUAUUGAUAUACCGAAUGUCUCGUUGGUAGUCAACUAUCAAAUGACUAAAAAAUUUGAUGAGUAUAUUCAUAGAAUUGGUAGAACAGGGCGUGCAGGUAAUAAAGGUACAAGUUGUACAUUCAUUGAUGAUGGGGAUUCAGAAGUUUUUCUAGAUUUGAAAAAGUUUUUAAAUAAAGGCAAGAAAAAAUGUCCUGAAUGGUUAUUAAAGCAUUCGUCUACACAAUCGCAGAUAUUGCGAGAUUAA